AUGACGAAAAUAACAGAUGCAGCAACGAGACAGGCAGUUCAAAGUGCCUAUGACGCCGUUAGAGCAACUGUUGUGGAAAGUCAAGAAAAAGAGUUACAACAGACCAAAACAGACCUAGUAAAUGCUUUCUUAAAAACGAAAAGUCAGGUAGGACACUAUGCUGCAGAUGGAACAUAUGUGCCAGCUGGUGGAACUUAUAUACCACCAAACCCUCCAAGAGAAGCACCUGCACCAGGACUACCUAAAACAUUUACAUCGUCACAUGGACACAGACACAGGCAUGCACAACAACCAGCACAACAACCACCUCCACAACCAGCACAACAACCAACACAACAACCAGCACAGCAACCAACAGUUCAAAACCCUGCACAACAACAACCACAAACAGAGCAAGGACAUAAAAGAAGUAGAGAACAAGGAAACCAAGAAUUCUUAAAAAUGCUUAAAGAAGAGUGUGGUUUCCCAGAUAGUAUAUAA